AUGAACCAACCUGUCAUCCUUUAUGCCUUAGAACGGCGCCAAAACGGCGCCAAGAAUGUGUUUCUCACUAAGUCAGAUGUAGAGGGCAUCAUCCGGAUCAAGCAGGGCGACGAGCAGGCGCCCUCAGGCCGGCGGCGGCGGGGUGCGGGAGGGGGGGCGGCAGUGCAGGGCGGCGCCAAGAACUACAGCAAGAAGGUGCUGCAGUUUUUCCAGGUGCUGAAGGGCGCUGGCGGUCAGGACAUCCUGUGCCGCUGCGUCAAGCGCAGCGGAGAGUGGCGGUGGUGCCCCGUGGUGCCGCUCGAGGAGCUGCCCCGAGUGAUCAAGGAGCACCACGAGCGGGCGACUGGCUUCAGCGGUGUGGAGAAGCUGUACACACAUCGCGGCAAAGUGGGCAAGCAGCUGGGCCGCAACCGCAUCGUGUGCCGCGUGGUGGAGAUCAAGCGGCCCUUUGGCGUGACCAUGUACCGGCUGCGGAGCGGAGCUGGAGUGGUGGAGGGUAUGCAUCAGGCCAGCAGGCUAUCUAAGGCGCCACCCAGCCUGGCCAGCGAGCUGACCUUCAGCGGCACGGCGCAGCGAGGAGUGCCUGUGGUGUCUCUCAAUGUGGCGAUGGCGGCGCAGCCCGGCGGCGGCAAGGCAGCCUGUGCACUCUGUGGCAGCAAGAUCCACAGCCUGGCAGAGGCACACCUGGAUCACAUCAUCCCUUUCUCUAAGGGCGGGCCCAGCGAAGAGGGCAACGCCCAGCUGGUGCACCGCUUCUGCAACAGCAGCAAGGGCAACAAGAGCGAUGAGGAGGCGCGGUGGGCCAUGCUGGCAUCCUGCAAUGACUUCUGA